CCGCCCUGCCGGCCCGCCCCGCCCGGGGCCGCGGAGCUGGGACCGAUCAAUAUGCAGAGCGGAGGCUCCGCGCAGCAGAUCCCGCGCGCCUCCGGCUCCGGCUGCUGAAGGCUCGGGGACACGACCAGGUGCCGCCGCGGAGCCAGCAGAGCCGGGAGCGCGUCCGCGUCCACACCGCCGCGCUGCCGCCGCCGCCGCCGGCGAGCACCAGGCUCCUGCAUGCCAGGACGUUGGAGGUGGCAGCGAGACAUGCAACCGGCCCGGAAGCUCCUCAGCCUCCUCUUCCUCGUCCUGAUGGGCACCGAACUCACUCAAGUGUUGCCCACCAACCCUGAGGAGAGCUGGCAGGUGUACAGCUCCGCCCAGGACAGCGAGGGCAGGUGUAUCUGCACAGUGGUCGCCCCCCAGCAGACCAUGUGUUCGCGGGAUGCCCGCACAAAACAGCUGAGGCAGCUACUGGAGAAGGUGCAAAACAUGUCCCAAUCCAUAGAGGUCCUGGACCGGCGGACUCAGAGGGACUUGCAGUAUGUGGAGAAGAUGGAGAACCAGAUGAAAGGGCUGGAGUCCAAGUUCAAACAGGUGGAGGAGAGUCAUAAGCAACACCUGGCCCGGCAGUUCAAGGCGAUAAAAGCGAAAAUGGAUGAACUUAGGCCUUUGAUACCUGUCUUGGAAGAGUACAAGGCCGAUGCCAAAUUGGUUUUGCAGUUUAAAGAGGAGGUCCAGAAUCUGACGUCAGUGCUUAACGAGCUGCAAGAGGAAAUUGGCGCCUAUGACUACGAAGAACUUCAGAGCAGAGUGUCCAAUCUUGAGGAGAGGCUCCGUGCGUGCAUGCAAAAGCUAGCGUGUGGCAAGCUGACUGGCAUAAGUGAUCCCGUGACCAUCAAGACCUCCGGCUCAAGGUUCGGGUCCUGGAUGACAGACCCUCUGGCCCCAGAAGGUGAUAACAGGGUUUGGUACAUGGACGGUUAUCACAACAACCGCUUUGUCCGCGAGUACAGAUCCAUGCUGGAUUUCAUGGCCACGGACAACUUCACGUCCCACCGCCUCCCGCACCCCUGGUCCGGCACCGGGCAGGUGGUCUACAAUGGCUCCAUCUACUUCAACAAGUUCCAGAGUCACAUCAUCAUCAGGUUCGACCUGAAGACAGAGACCAUCCUCAAGACACGCAGCCUGGACUACGCCGGCUACAACAACAUGUACCACUACGCCUGGGGUGGCCACUCGGACAUCGACCUCAUGGUGGACGAGAGCGGGCUGUGGGCCGUCUACGCCACCAACCAGAACGCUGGCAACAUCGUGGUCAGCAAGCUGGACCCCGUGUCGCUGCAGGUGCUGCAGACCUGGAACACCAGCUACCCCAAGCGCAGUGCUGGCGAGGCUUUCAUCAUUUGCGGGACCCUCUAUGUCACCAAUGGCUACUCGGGUGGCACCAAGGUCCACUACGCCUACCAGACCAACGCCUCCACCUACGAGUAUAUAGACAUCCCCUUCCAGAACAAGUACUCGCACAUCUCCAUGCUGGACUACAACCCCAAGGACCGGGCCCUGUACGCCUGGAACAACGGCCACCAGGUCCUCUACAACGUCACCCUCUUCCACGUCAUCCGGUCCGAUGAGUUGUAGUCACCAAGGGUCCGAGUCCUCACCCGCGUGGACGUUCCUGUGAAACAGCUGCCAAAAAAAAUAAUAAACCCACUCACGAUACUAAUAAUACUAAUCUUGGAAACGCAUCAGCAACGUGGAGUCCGGCAGCGCGUGAUGGCAUGACCUCCGUGCUUCUCCAGCUCAGGCCGGAGGGCGACGGAUUUGGGAAGAAACCCCCGUCUUUGCAGCUGGAACUGCAG